CUUUAAACUCUGGGGACUACCUCCGCGAAAGAGGCGCCGCUCUGCUCCUCCUCCCACCCUCGCCGGCUCUCUGACAACUCACUCGCCUGUUUUCUCCUUCAUCUUCCUCUCCCCCUUCUUGCCACCAUGUCUGAUCUCAAGGUCCCCGGAUUCAAGGCUUCUGACCUCCUUGCAAACAUUAGCUCGAGCUUUAGCACGUUGAGCGAUGCGCAGAAGCAGGCUCAGAUGAAGAAGACGAACGCCAUCUUCGAGCUGCAGGUGACGAACGCGGAGAAGCAGACCGCGACGUGGACCGUGGACAUGAAGAAGACCGGGACCGUGUACAAGGGGACCGCGAAGCCGAAGGCGGACGUGACGAUCAUCUUGUCCGACGAGACGUUGCAGGAUCUGGCGACGGGGAAGACGAACGGCCAGAAGGCGUUCAUGACGGGGAAGCUGAAGACGAAGGGCAACAUGAUGCUCGCGACGAAGCUGCAGGACGUCUUGAAGGCGGCCGACCCGAAGGCGAAGCUAUAAGCGCCACCCUGUAUUUAUACCUGAUCUGUAUACCACAUCACUAUCAAGCAUUCAUUGUAACCAUC